AUGCCCCGCGAGACAACAUACCGUAAACCUCUCUGGUUUCCAGUUUGCUCCCCUCUUCGCUGGAGCUUCGAAUCAACUUUGCGAGGUCUCUGCUCGCAAUCUCGUCAGAAUACCAAAGAGAACGUCGUUGAUUUGAGCCAGUACCCGCCGGAGAGGAUCAGGAAUUUCUCCAUCAUCGCUCAUGUCGAUCAUGGCAAGUCGACGCUUGCGGAUCGGCUUUUGGAGCUCACGGGCACCAUUAAGCGCGGCCACGGCCAACCUCAGUACCUUGACAAGCUGCAGGUGGAAAGAGAGAGGGGUAUUACAGUCAAAGCUCAGACAGCAACCAUGUUCCAUAGGCAUGCUCUCAACUCUAAUCAUGCCAUGGAUGAUAAUGAUAGACCUAGUUUUCUAUUGAAUUUGAUUGACACCCCUGGUCAUGUGGAUUUUAGCUAUGAGGUAUCUCGAUCACUUGCUGCUUGUCAAGGUGCUCUUUUGGUUGUUGAUGCUGCCCAAGGUGUCCAGGCACAAACAGUUGCUAACUUUUAUCUUGCAUUUGAAUCUAAUCUGACCAUUAUACCUGUGAUAAAUAAAAUCGAUCAACCAACUGCUGAUCCUGAUCGUGUCAGGGCUCAAUUAAAAUCCAUGUUUGAUCUUGAUCCAAAAGAUGCCCUGCUAACUUCUGCCAAAACUGGCCAAGGCCUUGAGCAUCUCCUCCCUGCUGUUAUAGAGCGAAUACCAUGUCCACCUGGGCAGUGUGACCUGCCUAUGAGAAUGCUCUUGUUAGAUGCUUACUAUGAUGAGUAUAAAGGAGUAAUUUGCCAUGUUGCUGUUGUUGAUGGUGCACUUCGUAAAGGGGAUAAGAUUGCUUCUGCUGCGACUGGACAAACUUAUGAUGCCUUAGAUGUUGGAAUCAUGCAUCCUGAACUUAAGUCAACUGGUGUGCUCUUCACCGGGCAAGUUGGCUAUGUUGUUAGUGGCAUGCGCUCAACAAAAGAGGCACGGGUUGGUGAUACACUUCAUUGGGCCAAAAGCACUGUUAUUCCUCUUCCAGGUUUCAAACCUGCAAAGCACAUGGUUUUCUCUGGUCUAUAUCCUGCUGAUGGAUCUGAUUUCGAUGCUCUUAACCAUGCAAUAGAAAGACUUACAUGUAAUGAUGCUAGUGUAUCUGUUACCAAAGAAACUAGCACUGCACUUGGCAUGGGUUUCAGGUGUGGGUUCUUAGGUUUACUUCACAUGGAUGUCUUUCAUCAACGGCUUGAACAAGAGUAUGGAGCUCGAGUCAUAUCUACCAUACCAACAGUACCAUAUAUUUUUGAGUAUUCAGAUGGGAGUAAGGUGCAAGUUCAGAAUCCUGCAACGUUGGCUUCAAAUCCUGGUAAACGUGUGGCUGCAUGUUGGGAGCCAUCUGUAAUUGCAACAAUUAUUAUUCCUAGUGAAUAUGUCGGGCCAGUUAUAACACUUUGCUCAGAAAGGAGAGGAGAACAGCUGGAAUAUUCAUUUAUUGAUAGUCAGAGAGCAUUCAUGAAAUACAGAUUGCCUUUGAGGGAGAUCGUUAUUGAUUUCUACAAUGAAUUGAAAAGUAUAACUUCUGGAUACGCCACAUUUGAUUAUGAAGAUGAUGAGUAUCAAAAGUCCGACAUGGUAAAACUCGACAUCCUCCUCAACGGCCAGCCUGUUGAUGCAAUGGCUACUAUUGUUCAUAAUCUGAAGGCUCAGAGAGUUGGUCGUGAACUAGUGGAAAAAUUAAAGAAGUUCAUAGACAGGCAAAUGUUUGAAAUCACAAUACAAGCAGCAAUUGGGUCGAAGAUCAUUGCUCGGGAGACGUUAUCUGCAAUGAGAAAGAAUGUUCUAGCAAAAUGCUACGGUGGCGAUGUCACGCGCAAGAAGAAGCUCUUGGAGAAGCAAAAGGAAGGGAAGAAACGAAUGAAACGUGUCGGGUCUGUCGACAUUCCACAAGAAGCAUUCCAUGAGUUACUGAAAGUGUCUUGAUCGUGUAUAAUUCGCAAGCAUGAUAAAUAAUCAUGCAUCUAAAUUUUCAAUCACAAUUGUAUCUGCCGUAAUCUUAUGUUAUCAGCAGUGUACUUUUCAUUCAA